AUGGUGGUGGACUUUCUUCCGCGUGGCUUUCGUGCGGAUGGAAAUGCUUGAGGAUGGUUUGAUGUGGAGUCUCCGCUGCGGCGUUUUGCGCAGGAUUUUUAAUUUGGCCGAGGCUCUGAGCUUAGGAAUUAGGGUGGUGGAGCGGUACGUACUGCAGUCUCCCUGCUAGUACACGGGUAAGUCUCAUGGAUAGCUUGGUUUUUACUUUUUAUUUAAAAUUUUUAUUAUAAUAUUUUCAUGACUGAUUUUUUUUUGGAUUCUAUUAAUGGCUCUAAAUCGAAGCCUCUGGCAAAAAAAAAAAUAAUUUUACUGUUGAAUUAAGAAUUUUUGGAGGUAUAUAUUUAGUUUCACAUCGAUUAUUCGGUGAAUAAAUCCUACAUACUUAUACAGAAAUAAGAAACGUAAAAAAUAUCUUUCCACUAAUUUUUUUUGAUCUUGUUAUAAAUAGUAUUAAAGCAGAUUUAACCGAUAACCUAUGUGGACUAGAAAAUAUGCACCAUAUCUUAAAAGCACGAGAUGCAUUCUAAAAAAAGCAAUCUAAUGUUACUGAAAAGAAAAAAUUUAAGCAAAUAUUAUGCUAGAAAUAUUUGUUUCUUCCAUUUAAGGCUUCAUGCUUGUGCACAACAUAAUGAAUGCUCAAACACUCAGUGCAUUUUUGUAUGACCAACGGGAAGAGAAACUAUAGCUUGUCUACCUUCGUGAGAGUUAUUUGUUCGUACUUUGAUUCGUUGGUUAUUUGGGAUAGGUACAUGUACAACCGUAAAAAAUGGAUACACCAUGAAUUGUACUAGGGAAUCCAAUGCCAACGAAUCAAAUCCCUUGGUUGUCGCGCAUCGUACAAGGUGCCAAAUAAAUUAUUCAGGAACACGCAAUCUAACGCAAAUCAGGAUUGGCUGCAAUUGUAGCCAUUUGCAAGAAAGGACAUCUUGAAUUAAGAAUCUCUGGAGGCAUAUAACUAGUUCCACAUCAAUUAUUCGCUGAAUAAAUCCUGCAUACUUAUACAGAAAUAAGAAAUGUAAAAAAAUCUUUCGGCUAUUUUUUUUUGAUCUUAUUAUAAAUGGUAUCAGAGCAGAUCCAACCGAUAACCUAUGUAAACUAAAAAAUAUGCACCAUGUCUUAAGAGCACAAGAUGCAUUUUAAAAAAAGUAAUAGAAUUUUACUGAAAGGAAAAAAUCUAAGCAAAUGUUAUGUUAGAAAUAUUUGUUUCUUCCAUUGAGGCUUUCAUGCUUGUGCACAAUAUCAUGAAUGCUCAAACACUCGGUCAUUUUUGUAUGACCGAUGGGGAGAGAAACUAUAGCUUGUCUACCUUUGUGAGAGUUUUUUGUUCGUACUUUGAUUCGUUGGUUAUUUGGGAUAGGUAUAUGUACAACUGUAAAAAAUGGAUGCAUCAUGAGUUGUACUAGGAAAUCCAAUGCUAACGAAUCAAAUCUCUUGGUUGUCGCACAUCGUACAAGGUGCCAAAUAAAUCUCUUGGAUUAGGGUUGGCUGCAAUUGUAGCCAUUCGCAAGAAAGGACAUCUUGAUGAGCAAAUCUCACAGCACCUAAUCAUGUCUCAUUUACCAAGCCACUAGAGUUUUUUGAACUUAAGAUUGUUGUAAUUUAGUCAAAAAGAAGAUGUGAUAGAAAGGCUGAUCGAUGAAAAGGAGCACUAAUGAAUAGAGAAGCAGAAUAUUGUGAUGCUUGGCCUAUCCACAAAGAUGCAACGUUGAAAUAAUUCAAUACGGGAUGUACUCCACAAAGAUGCAAAGGUGAAAUAAUUCAAUGCCAGUUGUACUCCCCAAAGAUGCAAAGGUGAAAUAAUUCAAUACCAGAUGUAGUGCUCCUCCCAUUGCUAUAAAGCUACCAACGUAGAUUGAGGCAAUCCAAGGAGCGAGAGAAGCCUUUCCAUUGUUGCCUCUAUCGGCAUGGCUUCCCUACAACUAAAGAGGCCUAUCCAGGAAUCCAUUCCAGUGGCAAACUGGCAACAUGAUGAGCACGCAACUGCUCAAAAACACCAGGAGGCAGAUGCCAAGCAAGUAGCGACUGCGAAGACUAAGAAACACCUGACUCAUGCGUUCUUCUCCCCUGAAUCAGAACCAGUGCCGCCUCCUGGGAAGACAAAAGAGAAAGGAAAGAAAGAAGCAAUCAGGCAGCUGAGGAGCAAUAAACUUCCGACUGAUGCGUUCAUCUCCCUUGAGUCAGGACCUUAUAAGUUCGUCUCCCUUGAGUCAGAACAACUGCCACACAUCCCAAUCAAGUCCAUGAAAGCUGAGCAUAAGAUUAAGGACGAGAAGGAGAAGAAGAAGAAGAAGAAGAAGAAGAGCAAGAGCAAGGAUGAUACCAGCAGCAGCAGCAGCAGUGAAAGUGAGGAUGAUGUUUGCAGCAAGAAGAAGGGAGGGAAGGAGAAGAAGCGUAAGUAGAGAUAAAGUGGUCCAGUAUUGUAGUAUGGAGAAUGAAAGCCCAAUGCCAGAGGACUGCAUGAUAUGCAACUCCUCUUACCAAGGAUAUGCAUGCUUAUAGUAUCUUCACUACAUGCAUUCGACUAUAUAUGAAAAUCUCCAAUGAUACGGUGUGCCAUUUGACAGUGUUUUUUUUUUUCCUCUUUUGAAGUGGUUAAGGGGAGGGUGAAAACUCCCAACCGAUUAUUAAAAGGUUAUAAAAAAAUACAAGAGAAGGAGAGAUUCAGAUAGAGAAGAAGAUGGAGGAGAGAUACAGAUAAUGUAGAAGAGGAAGGAGAGUUGAGGGGAGGAGAGAUUAAAGAGCGUAUAUAGUUACAGAUCACUCUCCAGACUCUAUCAAACUCUUCCUAGAUAUGGGAUUACAGAGAACAGAAUCCCUAAACAAACCAAUAGCAGACUUUAAAACCGAUGGUGAGGAAGAGGAUUUGUAAAUAAAAAUAUGACACUCCAGCGGGGACAGCGACCGCAAGCUGGUCACAAGCUAAAAGGAGUGGUUUUUAUUCAUAAGAUCCCAUGCAAGUAUGGAUUUCUGCUUGAGUAAUAGAUGGAAGGUAGAUGUUUGCUAAUCAAGUCAUAAUGCGUAAAUUUAGCCUUUUUCCUGAGAGAGAAGGGGAGGUCGAGCCACCCAAUUUAUUGAAUAUGUGAAAGAUAUAUGUACAUAAGAGUCAAAAUGAGACAUAUGGAAUGUACAAUGUGAAGGUAGGAGGGGAAUAGGUAACAGGGAGUGAGAAAAAGUAGAUGAAACAACAAGCAAUAUGAUGAGGAGAAGAUCUCACUCGGCUGAUUCUUCAGAGACAUCUGAUAAAAUUUAGCCAAUCAAUAUGUUAAUGUACCAAAGAAAGGCGGUUAAGAUGUUCGUAUUAAUCUGAACCUACGUAGAGUUAGGACUUUAAUCAAUAUGUUUAUUCCUUGAAGGUAAAAGAUAUGGGUUCCAUUCUUAUUAGCAUGAAUUAAGUCCAGCGAAGAUCUUCUCAUAUCCUAUAUAUUUUUAUGUUUUGACAAGGGGAAGCUUUAAUUUUGCCAUCAUAGAUCACCUCUAAAAUGGACAUAGCAUGAGCCAUGCCCAAACUUAUUAUGAAGAUUGCUCGUCCCUGCAUCAUGCAUGCUUUGGAUAAUUUGGAGAAUUUCCAAUAGUUCAUGGAUGACUUAAACCAGCUAAUUGGAAUUUCUUAAGACAGAUACUUUGAAAAAAAUUAUUUACUCAAAGGUUAACAAGAAGAUAGAAAUGAAAUUAAGGGAUGCAACAUGCAACUACCAACCGCUGAGUUGGUAAAAUAGGUGACAGUGAUCUGGGAUAGGUCCUGCACUCAUCUCGAUCUCGGCCAACAUCCUGCGAGAGAGGAGGGAAUGAAACAACUAGAAAGACCAAGCUGAGAGAAUGAAAAAAUAAUACCUGAAAUGGCUCACAUUAGGCCUUGCGUGUGUAGGAUGUGAACAAGUGAAUGGUACAUGGCUGGUCAUGGAAUGGAUUAGCAUGAGUAACGUGCAAUUCUAUAAGUCUCGUUUAUUGGUUGUAAAUUUAACUGGCCACGAAUUCGAGUGAUCGCUAAAUUGUUGGGAGCUGGAAAAAUUCCUGCACUUUGGGAGCUAAGGAACGUCCAAUGUGAUUGCUGAUGUAGCACAAUAACCGUCAGUUUAAGCAUGUUUAAACCCAACUGCCUACCUGAUAAGCAUUUGUAACAAACCACGCUUAUCCGGUAACUCUUUUUAAAGAAGUCUCAAGUUAAUCCAAUCUUCCAGAAGAUAGAAGAUCAGGAACUGGUAGCUUGAGGAAGUUCUCCCAUUGGCCACUGAAGAUGAUGAUGCUGUUACAAACCAAACAGCAAAGCUGCGAAUUUGCUCAACUGCGGGAGCCCCAUUCGCGAAGCCACGCGGCGAUACCCCGCCGCUUCCCUACGCAAACAACCGCUCCAUCUGCCACGUCCCCCGCCCCUAUAUUUCUCUCACUUCUCGCCACCUUCUCCAUCUCUAUCCCCUAAUUCCGCCAGAGCAAAAGAAAGAAAGUAAUAUAUCCGGCCAAACCCCAAGGUUUCAGCCAGUGGAAUCCCGGCAUGGUGAAGCUCGCCACGGCUCGAGAGAGCCGGACGUACGGCCCUCGCCCGGCCCGCAACCGGUGGGAGUACAUCAACGCCGGCCUCUACAUCUUCGCCGCCAUCCUCCUCGUCGGCGGCUUCAUGGCGCAGCUCUCCCCGACCCGACUCAGCGCCAAGUCAGGGCUCGCGGUCGUCCUCAUCGGGCUUGUCCUGGUCACCUUGGUGAACGCCCACGAUCUCGUCGCCCACAUGGCCGGCAUCGACUACUGCUUCGCCUUAAUGGAGUUCGAUAUCCAGUUAGCUCUCGUGGAGUUCGCCGUCCCCCUGGUGAACAUUGUGGGAUCCAUCCUCACCUUCAUCGGCGUUCUCUUCUUCCUCAUUCAGGCAGAGAGAGGACAUAGUUACAGGCUAGAAAAACAUGCUUUGAACACAUUGAUCGCUGGGCCCGCGUGCUGGGCCCUCGGUUCGAUCCACAAUGUGUGCCAGAUCUACGAGAGAUCUGGUGGCCACGUCCAGAUCCUGCAAAAGACCGUCCAGGUUCCCUUCCUCGUAGGAAGCUUGCUCUUCUUGGUGGGCGGUGUUGUCAAUAGGAAUGAUAUCUACGGCUCAAUACAUACCAACUUUAAGAUUCUGGGAAGGAGUUGGGUUUGGUUGUCUCUAUCUGGAAGCUUGCUGUUUUUGGUUGGGGGGCUACUGAAUUUGUUGAAGGUUUUCAAGAUGCAGCAGAUGGAUAGGAUGGGUCUUGAGAAGCUUCGAGGUGGGGCACAGCAGAGGUUAGGGAGAGAGAGGGAGGGUCAGGUUCCCCUCAUCUUGGAAAAUAGUAGGAGAAGGAAGCUUGAUGAGGACGAGCGAGCAGUGUCAAGGAAGCAGAGAGAGGAAGUGAGACAAGUGCUCGAAGACAGGAGGAGAAGGGAGCAGAGCAAGGAAGGGAUGCAAGUUUCUGAAGACAGUAGAAGGACGCCGAGUGAGGAAGUGAGGAGGGUGCCAGCUCCCAGUCCCACACCAUACAAGGAUGUUCUGGUUGGCAGCCGAUCUUAGAGAAUUCUUAGGUUUUAAUCAGUUUAAU